AUGUCUGAUGUGCCUGUUAGACCACCGCCUCCUCCUCCGCCGCUGCCUGCGGGCUGGACGGAGCACCAGGCGCCCUCAGGCCAUGUUUACUACUUCAACAAGGAGACGAAGAAAUCUACAUACACACGCCCCGUCGUAACUGCCGCUCCACCGCCAGCGCCAGCUCCUCUGCCCCCGCCUCCAGCCAGUCUCCCAGCGCGACCAUCACUAGGCGCAGAUUCAGCCUACGCCGAUCUCAAUGCUGGGCAGGAUGCUUUCAAUGCCUAUGACCCGAAGAGGCAGAUGGAAGACCUCAUAUUUGGCGGAGCUCAAAAUCUGUACUCAAGACGGGGAUCAGGUCAAUCAAGAGGAGGGCAUCGUGGAGACUCUCGCGGAGGUCACAGGAACUCUUCAGAUCGGCCGCGGCACCCGAAAGAUCGUCCGAAACACCGUCAUGAUAUCCCCAACUGUGCGCCAUGGGUUCUGGUCCGAACGAAGCUUGGAAGGAGGUUUGUGUGGAACAAGGACACGAAUGAGAGUUUCUGGAAGUUCCCACCAAACGUUAUGAAGGCAGUUGUGGAAUACGAUCGCAUGGAGCGCGAGAAGAAGGAGCGGAAAGAGCGUGGCGAACCCGAGGAGGUUGAGGAGGAUGACGGCCUGGCUGAUAUAGAAGCGGGUCUGGCAGCUGCGGAAGAGGAUGUCGAAAUCGUGGAAGUAGACGGAGAAGAAGGCAUGGACGAAGAAGAGGAGUACGAAGAAGUCGAGGUCACAGAUGAUGAGGGCGGCGAAACAUCGCAUCCACAGAAGCGCCAGCGCACAGCAGAGCCUAAGACCGAACAACCUCCCGAGGAUGCCGACCUCGCCUGGCAACUAGCGCAAAUGGAAGAAAUGGAAGGCAUGGAAGGCGACUACGGAGAGGAGGAAUAUUUCGACGAAGAACCCCCCCUCUCAGAAGAAGACUGCAAAGCCCUCUUCAAAGAGCUCCUUGACGAUACGCACACCAACCCAUAUACCCCCUGGGACAAAGUCUUAGAAGCCGGUGGCCUCUACGACGACGAGCGCUACAAAGCCCUCCCCAACAUGAAAGCCCGAAAAGAAUGCUUCGACGAAUGGUCCUGCGACAAGAUGCAAUAUCUCAAAGAGCAGAAAUCGAAACAGCAGAAGCUCGACCCGCGGAUACCCUACCUCGCCUUCCUCGACCGCUACGCAACACCGAAACUCUACUGGCCGGAGUUCAGGCGGAAGUAUAAGAAAGAGCCCGAAUUGAAAGACGCAAAACUGCCGGACAAGGAGAAAGAGAAGCUGUACCGCGAACACAUCAAGCGCAUAGGCAUGCGGUCUUCCGAGCUCAAAUCGGACCUCACGGCGCUGCUUAAGGCACAACCGCUUGCUGCGCUGAACCGCUCCACGACCCUCGACACGCUCCCGUCGUCGAUCUUGACAGACCUUCGCUAUAUCUCCUUGUCGCCAUCAUCCCGCGAACCGCUUGUCGAAACAUAUAUAUCCACACUACCACCUGCGCCUGAAGAUGCCGCCGCAUCUGCUGAAGAGGACGCAGAAGCAGCGAAGAAACGCGAGGAGCGCCGUCGCAGGGAGAAAGCUCUUGCCGAGCGUGAACGGCGCGUAGAGCAGGAGAAGAGGAAACAGGACCGCGACUUGGCCUAUGGAAAGGGGCGAUUAAGGGAAGAAGAAAUGGAGAUUGAGCGCGCGAUGAAAGUGGGAAAAGAGGGUUUGAAGGCGCAUUUGGGCGCAGAGGAGUGA